AUGGCCGACAAAUUGCGUACUUUGCAACAACUCGAAUCUUUGCAGGCAAAAUAUGUCGGAACGGGGCAUGCCGACACCUCGCGUUAUGAAUGGAGCAACAACAUUGUUCGCGACUCCUAUGCCAGUUACGUUGGGCACCCUCCUCUUCUGGCAUACAUGGCUCUAGGCAUGGGCGAGAUGGUCCACCUCCAGCGAAAGACGAAGACUGAGGCUGAGACCUGGGACAAUUUCAUCACCAAUACAUUUCAACGACGACGACAAUUCACAUAA